AUGUUCCGCGAUAUGCUGCCUGAGUCGAGUUCACUAACAGCCCUCCGCAAAUCGUUGGCAGUUGCUGAGCAGGAUGUGCGCAAAAAGCAAGAGGAGAUGGAGGAGCUCCGAUCGCAGCUCGUCAAUCAGGACUAUGAACAACGCGUGGCCGCGUUGCAACCGCGUCUCAUCACAAUGUUGCGAGUACAGUUGGCAGCAAUUGCGAACAUCACUAAAUCACAAAUUCUCGAUCGACGACUGAGUGUCAGUGAAGAUAUUGAGGAACUGAAACAGAUGCUGGACGAUGUGAAUGACGGCGAUCUGGAGGAAAUUCAGAAGAUUCUCGAACAAACUACAGUACUAUAUGAUCAGAUGUUGGCAAUUGAAUCUCACGUGGGUAUCGUAACCCCAUCACAGUCGGACUCAUGGACGAUGACCGAAGCGUUAGAGGGCGAAUCGGACUAUUUUGACGACGAUGAAGAAUUGGACACGAAACAGGAUAGCGAAUGGCAAGCUGAGAUUGACAGUCUAUACCAUUUGUGA